CCAAGCCUUAUUCAGUAUCAAGAACCAGUGACGUUCCAUAGGACUUGGAUUAGAUUUUAAUAAAACUUAAACCUUUUUACAAAUAUUAUACAAUAAUAAUACCUGCAUUAGAGGCAGCCCAAUCACACUGUAAUUUACAUCAGUAAUGAAGCACAAUCUUCAAAUAAAUUAAUUUAAAUUAAUGUAAUUCAGAAGUACCAUUCUCUAUCAUGAAAGAGAAAAAAAUUCAAUGACAAACAAAAGACUCGCGACAUUGACAUUUUUUUCUCAGCGGCCAGUGCGCGCGGUGGCUGCAACAUGCAGGUGGGCAUUUUUGCGAGAACAGUCACCCAAAAAGUUUUCACUAAGGAUCCAAAGGGGUAUCAGAAAGCCAACAAUUUGCAAAACAGAGAUCUCGAAGAUGUAUUAAAGGAAUACCUAAUUAAAUGGAAACAGAACGCAAACAUCAUGGAUAUCGGCUGCGGCGAUGGAAGUGCCACGACGGGUCUUUGGACCAAAUACAUACCGGAGAAUUUUAUGGUGAUAGUCGGCAGUGACAAAAGUCAGAAUUGUGUAAACUUUGCAAAGACGAAAUAUGAGAGUGAAAAGAUUAAAUUUAUGACGCUUGAUAUAGAAGAUGAUUUACCUAGUGAAUUGCAUGGAUGCUUUGAUCACGUGGUCUCAAACUACACGUUCAUGUGGGUGCAACAACAAGAGAAAGCCUUUUCCAAUAUAUACAAUCUGCUGGCAAAAGACGGCAACUGCUUGAUAAUAUUCCUUGCCACGUGCAACAUAUACGAGAAUUAUAUUAAACUUUCGAGAACUUCCAAAUGGAAUCACUAUCUUAAAGAUGUCAAGACCAAGUUUAUAUCCCCAUACCACGAAUCUCAGGACCCCGAAACCGAAAUUAGAAGUUUGAUGAAGAAAAUUGGCUUCAGAUAUAUUGAUAUUAAAGUGAAGACACGUACCUUUGAAUUUGUAAGCGGUAUAAUAGAAUUAAAAGAAAUGCUGAAAUCUUUCAACCCUUUCGACGGUUUAGAGGACAAAUGGGAAGAUUUCAUGGACGACUACGUGAAACUAGAUCCCAAUGCUGGUAUGUUUUUAUACAAGCUGUUAGUUGUUUCAGGGACAAAAUGAGUCCAAAUAUAUGUUCACUUCAGUUUUAUGUAUACUGAAUAAAUGUUUAUGUAAAUGAA